GUUAUGAGUCAUACUUACAUUUUUACAUAAGAAAUACUCCUAUUUUAGAUGAUUUUUUUUUUCUAAUUUAGGACGCGAAAUAAAAAAUUAAGGACGCGAUAUACGAGGAAAGAAAUUAACCUGUGAUAGGCCACAUGGGGAGAAGUAGAUACGUCCCCGGAAUUAACAUAAGCUAUUAAAUAGGGUUUGAUAAAAUGGGAAGCGUCCAAGCCUUAUUCAGACGGAACAGAGUAUUUAGACUGAAAAGACGCCCCCGCUGACGCAAAAAGAGAUAACAUCUACAGGUCGAGAUCCGGCGAGUUUCGUCGGAUUUCGUCCCUAACAAACUGCAUCUCCGGCGUACGUCUGUUUGAUUAUUUCCUUUCUUUUUUUUGUUGUUUCCGACGAAGAAAUGAAGGGCUCCUGCACUCUCGUUGCUUCCAUGCUUGCCGCUUCCACCGUGGCUAUUAGCUCCACUUCCUAUUCCUCCUCCUCCGCUGAGCCUGAUGUCACCUUUCACUCGCCUUCUACCGAGGGACUUGGGUGUUCUUCGUCGACGGAGAAGCGCAGAUCUGACAACUCAAGGAAACAGCCAUUGAGAUCAGAGAAGGAGAAAUUCACUCCUAGAUUUGACGGCCUGAGAUUCAUCGAGACUUUGAUUACGGCUCACAGGUGAAAUCGAUCAUCAAUGUAAUUACAGGGUCAAUUAAUAGGAUUUGAGGAACCGAGGUAGCAUUAGGCCCAUUUGUUUAUCGACUGAAAUAGUCAUGAUUCAUGAACAUGGCAUCUUUGUGCAAUGUGAUUGAUUGACUUGUUUUAUUUUUCUCUUAACACUUAUUUUGGAAAUUGCAUCUCUAAUGGAUUUUUGGAAAUGCUUGGUUGAUCAUCC